AUGUCAUCCGAAGCAGGAAACGUCCCCCAUUUUAAAGUUGUUUUACUCGGAAACUCCGGAACAGGAAAGACAUCCAUUAUCAACAGAUGGGUAACUAACCAAUUUUCACCAAUAACGAAAUCAACGAUUGGCAGCAAUCAUUCCAGGAAAAGAGUUGAAAUAUCCGAAGGUCUUGUCGAUUUAUUUGUUUGGGAUACUGCAGGACAGGAAGAAUUUCAAGCUCUUAUGCCACUUUAUGCAAGAAAUUCGUCACUUGCGAUUAUUGUUUGCGCAAUAAAUGAUUCAGUAUCAUUUGACGCUAUACCAAAAUGGAUUGAAAACGUCAGCAAUGCAUGUGAUCCUUGCCCGCCAAUGAUUUUGGCAAUAAAUAAGAUUGAUCUUUCAGAAUCAGCAGUAAAUACAAUGGAAGAAGUAAACAACAAAUAUGGAGACCAAUUCAUUGGUAUUUUUAUGGUUUCUGCUUUAUCCGGCGAAGGAGUCGAAAAUCUCUUCUAUUCCACAGCCUCAGAAGUUUUCAAGAACGGAAAGAAGCUAGAAGCUGAUACACAGCUCAAAAAUAGGGAAGCAAAUUCUGGCGGAUGCUGCUAA